AUGCCCCAGCCUGACUUCCCAGCGCGUUUGACAAGUCAGGUUGCUCAUAGAAAUCGCAUUGGACCAGGGGGAAUACGAAGCGUUGGAUCGGGAUCAAUAUUUAACAGCAAAUAUGCGCAAGCGAGGAAAGAAUUAGGCAGCCACGAAAACCGACGAGUAGUAAGUCGGGCCAUUGUAUGCGCCGGAAGCCUCCGUGUGCGAUCCUGUAAGCUACUCUGGAAGCCAGCAGUGCUGCAACUGAUGGUCACCAGUACUACCAGCUUUAGCGAAGACGAAUCGCACUUUGAAGAUUGCAAUGAUGUCUCUGACGACUCAACCGACGACGAUAUCGAUAAGAUCACUACCAUGACUUGUCCAAACACGACGCACCACUACUCGCUAGUAUUCUGCCACCGGUCACUCAUGGGUCAUGCACGUCGAAAACGAAUCGAGCUCAAUGGUACCCGAGAUCUCGUUGAGUUCGUUUGGGGAAAGUAUGGUAUGAUGAGUACCCAGUUCGAGUUCAGCAUUGUGUACGGAAAACGGCGUCGCACUCUUAAUUGCCGCGCAAGCAACGCAAAGGACUAUUUGCAGUGGACUGAAGUUCUACGCUCGGCCGUGACAUUUCAAGGAAAUAAAUGCGUCACGAUGAACCGGUCCACUCAAACAUCAUCCAAUGCUUCGUCAAAUUCGAACUCAUCGAUCGAGUCUUUUUGUAACACAAGCGUCGUGAAAGAACAACAGCCUGUAGCACCGAUAGCGUCAACGCCCACACCCAGACUUCCAACUAAUGCUAAGACCGCCAACGUCAUUGCCCCUCCUAAAACUGACAUUGCUGAGGGAUCAGCGCUUAGACCUGUUCCAGCAGACAUUGCUGCAGCAUAUGGAAUUGGUCGAAGACGAAAAGUAAAGACUGUGGCAAACCCGACAGGAAGCCACGUUCAACGACAGAAGCAGUCAAAACCUUCCCCAAAUGAUGCUAAGCGACAUCAAGACAGUAUUCCGAUGACAGUGCAGACUGUUGCUAAGGGCAUAACUUCGCAUACUGAGAACGUCAAACCUCUCCACGAUCGACAAGUGACAGCAUUUCGACCUUCUUCUGCCGAUCGACAACGUCAAAGAACCAGUAACACAACCAGAGGAAUUCGUUCAACACGAUCAACAAUGCAGGUACGGAAGACCCGCCUUGUUGAUGGUACCCUUUCGUGCACCAGCAGCAACUCCAAGAGCGAUCAUCUGCUUGUAUUACCAGCUUCCAAGAUGGAUGAGCGUCUGAAAAAUGCUUACGUAAUCUCUCCAUCAUCAUCCAUCGAGCGACAGCAGUUUCAGAGCAAAAACUCUCGUCCUGUAUCCAAGAGCGACAAGACUAAAGACCCGUGCCUCCAUUCAUGUCAAAGCUGUCACUUCAAUGUUGAUCCAUGCGACUUUCACGACACAAACUUGACACGUGUCAAUGGUAGUCAAACGCGUGAAAAGUCGUGGGCGACUUAUGUUGCCGUGUACAUUGUCGGAGCAAGCGGCACCAGUGUGCAUCGAAUCUGCUGGUAUACGGGCACGUCAGAUACUCAAGUAGAAAUGGCAAUACGUAUGCAGCUACAUUUGCCUCAGGGUAUAAAGUUCUUACUACGUGACGCUGACGCAGACGUUGUUCCGGUAUCUUCGACUCUACCAAAUGACCAUCACUUUACACUGGUGUUACCGGAAGGUUUGGGGUUUGAGAAUGUGUGUACUUCAAUUGAUGGUGUGACAAGUGGAGUUAUUAAUAGAACAGGGUUGAUAUCAGUUGAUGACGCGUCUGUGAUAACGCAAGAGCAAGUGACGGCAACUUCAACUUCAACCGCAAAAAGGAAACGGCUUGAGGCAGAGGAAACUAUCUCUAGUCAAAUGGCAAGGGUGUCUUCGGUUGAUUGCAUCAUCACAACUACACAACUUGAAUCCAUGCCUCCUCCACGGUCACUUGCAACUAUUAUUGCGCAAUUUGUUGAGACGUUCACACAGCCAAUUACCAACGACGACAAUGUGAGUUUUAUUCCCAAUGCAGGACGCUUUGCACUCUACGCGCUCUAUUGUAAAGUAGUACGGGAUAUGAAGUUUCAUCCAAAGCGAGAGGAUGUGUUUUACAAGAUGACAUCCAUGCAUGGGAAAGUAGAUCGGCAACGUGUAGUUCGUUACUACAGGUGUCUAGCAGAGGAUGGAGAAGGAACAGAGUUUGUGCAGUACAAACCUCAGGGGAAGGGCGUCUUGCUGCGAAGAUAUCGCGAAGUGGACAGUAUGGAGCAAUUAACGGAUAUAGCGAGGUCGGCACCAUUCGUUUCGUGGCUAAAGCUGGACCCAAAUGAUGUGGCGGCACUGUACGUGCGCUUUAUACAAAGCUUUACACCGAUUGUCAAAAGUGACUUUAGAGCACAAGCAAAAGAAGUUCGCGCGUGA